AUGUCCAUUAAAUCAUUUGAAGUUUCAGACCCAGUCAAUUCAAGUCUUAAAGGGUUUGCCCUUGCGAACCCUUCUAUAACUCUGGUCCCAGAAGAAAAAAUUCUUUUCAGAAAGACCAAGUCUGACAAUAUUGCCUUGAUCUCCGGUGGUGGUAGUGGCCAUGAACCUACUCAUGCCGGUUUCAUCGGUAAAGGUAUGUUGAGUGGUGCCGUUGUCGGUGAAAUCUUUGCAUCCCCUUCUACAAAACAGAUUUUAAACGCAAUUCGUCUGGUCAAUGACAGUGCCUCUGGUGUAUUAUUGAUUGUUAAGAACUACACAGGUGAUGUUUUGCACUUUGGCCUGUCUGCCGAAAGAGCAAGAGCUUUGGGUAUCGACUGCCGUGUCGCUGUCAUUGGUGAUGAUGUUGCAGUCGGUAGAGAAAAGGGUGGCAUGGUUGGUAGAAGAGCGUUAGCAGGCACUGUUUUAGUUCAUAAGAUUGUGGGGGCCUUCGCCGAAGAAUAUUCUAGUAGGUAUGGAUUAGAUGGGACUGAAAAAGUGGCUAAAAUUAUCAAUGAUAAUUUGGUGACCAUCGGAUCCUCCUUAGACCAUUGUAAAGUUCCUGGCAGAAAAUUUGAAAGUGAACUAAACGAAAGACAAAUGGAAUUAGGUAUGGGUAUUCAUAAUGAACCUGGUGUAAAAGUUUUGGAUCCUAUUCCUUCCACUGAAGACUUAAUUUCUAAAUAUAUGCUACCAAAAUUGUUGGAUCCUAAUGAUAAGGAUAGAGCUUUCGUAAAGUUUGAUGAAGAUGAUGAAGUUGUUUUGUUGGUGAACAAUUUGGGUGGUGUUUCGAAUUUCAUUAUUACUUCUAUUGCCUCCAAGACUACAGAUUUCUUGAAGAAAACCUAUGAUAUAACCCCGGUUCAAACAAUUGCUGGUACUUUGAUGACCUCUUUUAACGGUAAUGGAUUUAGUAUCACAUUACUAAAUGCCACGAAAGCUACAAAAGCUUUGCAGUCUCAUUUUCCUGAGAUCAAAUCAGUAUUGGACUUGUUGAAUGCUUUUACAAACGCACCAGGUUGGCCAAUUUCAGAUUUUGAUAAGAUUUCUGCCCCAUCUGUCAAGAGUGAUUUGUUACAUAAUGAAGUAUCAGCAAAGGCUGUCGGUACCUAUGAUUUUGAGGCAUUUGCUAGGUGGAUGAAAAGCGGCGCUGAACAAGUCAUCAAGAGUGAACCACACAUUACUGAACUAGAUAACCAGGUCGGUGAUGGUGACUGUGGCUAUACAUUAGUGGCAGGAGUUAAGGGUAUCACUGAUAACCUGGACAAAUUGUCUAAGAACUCGCUAUCCCAAGCGGUUGCCCAAAUCUCAGAUUUCAUUGAGGGCUCAAUGGGUGGUACCUCUGGUGGGUUAUAUUCUAUUCUUUUGUCUGGUUUUUCACACGGAUUAAUUCAAGUGUGCAAAUCAAAGGAUGAACCUGUCACUAAGCAAAUCGUGGCCAAAUCACUCGGCAUAGCAUUGGAGACUUUAUACAAAUAUACAAAAGCAAGGAAGGGCUCAUCUACCAUGAUUGACGCGUUAGAACCAUUUAUCAAAGAAUUCACUGCAUCCACAGAUUUCAACAAAGCCGUGCAAGCUGCGGAAGAAGGUGCUAAAUCCACUGCAACAUUCGAAGCCAAAUUUGGUAGAGCUUCUUAUGUCGGCGACUCAUCACAGGUAGAAGAUCCUGGCGCUGUAGGUUUGUGUGAGUUCUUGAAAGGUGUUCAAAGAGCCUUAUAA